AUGGACAACAUAGUUGAAGAUCAAGAAAACUUGAGAGAAUUCCUCGAAGAAGCUGAACUCCAGCAGUAUUAUGAGUUAAUUCGUGAUAUAUUAAAAGUUAGCAAGUUGUCGCAGCUUAAAUUUGUUGCAUUAGAAGAUUUAGCACAAAUUGGUCUUUCAAGACCUGAACAAAGAAGAUUUAAAAAACUUUACUCUAAAUACUUUCCAAAUUCUUAUAUGAAAAAAUUAAAAAAGUUACUUAAUGUAAACAAAAAGAAUGAAUCGUCUAAGGGACAGGUUUUUAUGCCAAUGGACUUUCAAACAGUAAUAGAUAUGAACGUAAAAGUACCUACAAAACAUAUUAUAGCUAUUGAAGAUAUUACUAUAAAUAAAGAACUUGGCAUGGGACAGUUUGGCGUGGUUCAGCAGGGAACAUGGGCUACUGGAAAUCAAAGGUUGCAAGUAGCAAUCAAAUGUUUGGGAAAUGAGAGGAUGACAUCAAAUUCGACGGAAUUCUUGAAAGAAGCUGCGGUGAUGCAUAGUAUAGAACAUCCUAAUAUCGUUCGAUUAUACGGAGUUGUAUUGCAUUUAGAUUCCUUAAUGUUGGUAACAGAAUUGGCCCCAUUGCGCUCCCUUUUGGAAUGUCUUCGCGAAGUUACUCUACGUUGUAACUUCUCAGUUGCAAUUCUAUGUGAAUUUGCAGAGCAGAUUUGUGACGGUAUGACUUAUUUGGAAAACAAGAGACUGAUACACAGGGAUUUAGCAGCGAGAAAUAUUUUAGUUUUUAGUAAGGAUAGAGUUAAAAUCUCAGAUUUUGGCCUAUCUCGUGCGCUGGGCGUCGGGAAGGAUUAUUACCAAACGAACUACAACGUGAAUCUCAAAUUACCUGUUGCAUGGUGUGCACCCGAAUGUAUAUUGUACUUAAGAUUUACAUCAUCAAGUGAUGCUUGGGCGUUUGGCGUAUGUUUAUGGGAGAUGUUUACCUACGGUUUUCAACCUUGGGCAGCUUUUACUGGUCAACAGAUACUUGAAGCUAUUGAUGCGCCAAUCUUUCAGCGACUAGAGCGUCCCGAAUGCUGUCCAGAUUCGUAUUAUUCUUUAAUGCUCGAAUGUUGGUCACAUGACCCUAAUGAUCGUCCAAAGUUUAAGGACUUAGGGCCAAGGCUUCGGGCUCUACGGCCAGACGAAGUUCAGACAACAGCAAGCUAUAAAACAUCAGAGCACGGCAGACGUAAUAGCUGCCUUGAAUAUAAGGCGGGACAAGUCAUCACCGUCCUUGGAAGAGAAAAUUAUACUAAAUCAGCUAUGUGGUAUGGAGCCCUUCCCGGGGGUGCCUGUGGCAUGUUCGAUCCGAACCAAACGAAACCAUACUUUAAGCAUGAGAGAGGUUCAUUCGCGCCUUCACUGUCACCGCACCCAACUCGCAACUCUUCCCGCUCCAUACGCUCUUCGCUAUUGCGUUCUGACGUGAAACGACACACGUACACUGGAAAACGGACGAUAAAUCGGAGUAUGAUAUCCAGUCCCCAAGGCGACGUUAAACAUACAGGACAUGUAGGCUUGGACGGGGCCUAUUUCGGGGAUCUAUCGUUCCUGGACCCUGCUGGUUGCCCACCCCGUCAGAUCGUGACUCCAUAUAAGCCAUCUGAAGACUUGGAGCAAGUACCGCUGAUUAAUCCCAAUUCGCCGUCACAUCUAACCACUACAAACACUUCGCCAUAUCCGUUAUUAAGCUCUUCUAAACCCAAAAUGGAGAGCGAUGAAGUUGAUUUGUCUUAUGCUGACAAAUCAAAAAAUGCUAAAAGAACACACAAGUCGAUCUUGGAGCCGACAACCAGUCUUCUGAAUAAGGUAAAGAGUGCUACACUUGGUCGCUCCCACAAAAAUGAAGAACCAACAAAACAUGAUGAAGUUCACGAAUAUCACGAAAUUUCAGACACGGAAAGUAUUGCAGCCGAGAUGAAAGGAGACUGUCCUCCAGAAAGCCCUAUAAUAAAAGGAUGUGCUGACUUCAGUCAAAGCUUACUGGAUGAGAUGGAAUCGAUAUUUAAGAGCCUUAAUGAAAGACGCAAUGAAGAAGUAAGAACUAUGGAAAGUGAAGUGGAAAUGGCUUUAAGAGCCCUUACUUUAAGCAAAAUGGAAAAGAAAAAAGGGUCACAUACGGGAACUAUGAAGCCUAUGUCGGCACACGAUGAGAAAACACUGAACACGGCCGUUGCUAUGGCAAAUGAAAUUACAACCAAAUCUAUGAAUGACUUGGAUGGCGAACAAAAACCACUGAACUCGUCUUGUGAGCGAUCAAAGUUUCACUUCAAGUUCCCACUCGUAUCAUCUUUGCACGCCACACACCAUGACACUGAAAAAGACACAAAUAAUAAAGCGGAACGUCGUAACUUUAGCGAAGAAGCCAAAAGUGUGCCGGAUAUACAGGCUACCCUCACAGAGGAAAGCAAGCAAGCGUACGCAAGUCUCAUAGAGCAGCCCACACCAUCGACUUCUCUAAUAACACACAUGAGCCAGGACGCGGCCGCGACUUUACCCAAACCGUCAACUAUACCGAAACCUGCACCCAGAAUGAAUAUUCAGCAAUUCCACUCACUACAAAAGAAGAUAUCAUAUCAACAAAGUAGUAUCCCACCGCAAGGAAGUGAUGCUGAAAAGGAAGCCAAUGAGAAUUCAAAUGCAAUUCCAUUACUACCGAGAGGCAAUAAACCAAAACUAGUAGACAAGCCUAGACAUUUUAGGAAAUACCCUUUGGUAUUUCCAAAUUCAUACGACGUAAACGUAACGUCAACAGUUCAAGCUCAGGCCAAACCGCAACCGAUCAUAUAUCAGAACACGCUCAAUUGCACAAUACCCAGAUGUAAAAAAGAAGACAAACGUCCGGAAGAACUUCCCGAUGUGGGUGUUGAUGUUUUUGAUGGUCCCGAAACUGUAAAGGCAGAUACGAACCCUUUUAAAGCAAUGCCAAAUGAGACGAUCGAGCCUGGGCCGAGUUCAGUGAAUCCUUUCAAAUGUUAUUUAGAAGAAACAUUUGAUGAUAGUUCUGAUAAAUGUGAAGGCGCUGUGGGUGGAGAUACUGCUUUCGAAGAAAUAUCACUAAAUAAAGAUCACGUAUCUGUCGAAGAUUUACUAGAGUUUGCCGAUCAAAAGCCCUCGGCGAGACAGCGCGGCGUGGAAUCUGACGAAGUCAGAAUUAUGAAUAAAGUGCUAAAGCAACAGGUGACAGCUGAAGAUUGCCUAGAAGCAUUGGAGUUUAGCGGUUGGAAUGUCCACAUAGCCAUAAAGCUACUGCGCGUGAAGAUAGCCGUCGGUAAACAUAUUGAGGUGUCCUUCGAAGACUGUCAAAGAGAAUUGGAAAUAGCAGAUGGAGAUAUAGUUAAGGCGGCUGCUGUUCUUGUUCAAUGUAAUAAAAAUAAACAAAAAUAUUUAUUUGUU